AUUAAUACACCUAGCAACACAAAACUUUGUUUAAUCAAUUAACAAAAGAAAUUAUUUACUGUGAUUUUCAAUUUAUAUCAAACAUUAAUUACAAUACAAACAACCAUGUUUUGGGGUUUAAGUGAAUCUUUAGAUUUCGUACAAGAAUAUCAGAAUAACAACCUAGAAAACACAAAAGAAUCUUUAAAUUUUCUCCUCUAUGGUUCGUGUGAUCCCAGACAUAUAAUCGAAACUGCAGCAAAGUCUUACAAGCACAAUAUAAAAAUCAAUUUCUAUGUUAUCGAUGGAUGUGUUGAAAUAAUUGCAAGAAACAUUGCACUCAUUGCAAUAGCAAUUGAAAAUUGUGAAUGCUUGAGUCUUUUGCAGAAAACUCAUCUCUUCAUGGACAUUUACGGUAAUUCACUGCUUCGUCCUUCAUCUUUUCAAUAUUUAGCUAGCAAGGCAAAUACUCUUUUAAAAAUCUGUACCGAUGAGGAUAUAAGAAAACAACUCGCACCAAUAUUUGACAUUGACUCUCUGAAAUACCGUGAGCGGGAUGGGCUGGAAAAUGCUUUUAAUUUUUGGCUACCCAAGGAAGCAACCCAAUUUAAUAUAGAAAAAAGCUGGGAAAUGCGAAAUAGACAACUUUUAAAAACUCGCUAUGAUUAUCGAGAUGGUGCUUUCGAUUGGGAUCUACAAAUGUGCUUGAAAGAUCGAGGAGCCAAGCAAUUAUGCCCACAGGAGUAUAAAUCAUGGAGAAAUACUGGAAUUGCUUUUACAUUUCCUGAAUAUGAACAGUGUCAAGCGAACAAGACUCUAGCUGCGGGACUUGUACGAAAUGGAAGAACCUAUUUGCACAGAGGAUACGUGGGUGACAUACAAGUGGGUCCAUUUUGUGCAUUUGGAUUGACAUCAAGAGAAAAAUCAAUGCUUAAAUCGGCUCACGGCGAAAAUGAUUAUCGUUCAACUGAUGUAACCGAACGCAAUCUACUGGAACUUUUUCAUGAAAUUCAAAAUAAAACUCCAUAUGUUCAUGACAAAAAUAUAUCUCGAAAGUAUGGAAAUAUUAUUUUGCAAGCUGGGACUUCCUUCACAGGAUAUGAUUCAGAAGCUAUUAAAAUGGCUGACUACAACAAGCCUUUGUUGCCUCUUCCUAAUCUUAAAGUUUAUUUUCUUUCAAUGGAAGAAGUUUUUGGUAUUCAAAAUAAAACUAAUUGGAUUGGUUUUUUUGAUAUCGUUUUCGUUGCUCAAAACUAUUUCCGGUUUCUAAAAAGUUCUUUUGUAGACAUUUUACGAGAAAAUGGUUUAAUAUAUUUCGAAACGAACUUGUAUUCAAUAUGUAGAAAGGAGAUUUUGGCCGAGUUUGAAGACAAAAUAAAAAAUUUUGCCAAAUCUGCAUCGUUAGUUAAUGUGACAAAUUUUAAUAUAAAUGUCAAGCAUUCCAUUUUAAAAUACAAAACAAAUAAACAAUAAUAAUAAUAACAA